GACGUUGACAGGCGGGAGGCGGUGAGCACGGCCGGUGUUACCCAUAGUGCCCCGCGGAGCUUACCGGACCCGGUCCGCUUUAAACAUGGCGGCCGCCAGGACUGUACUGGGGUGUGGACUGUAAAAGUUAGUUUAGCAGUUAGUUUAGUGGUGGUUGGUAUCGGUUACUAACGUGACCCAUACCGGGCGCUUUUAACGUAAUUUGCCCUACAUGUGUACUCUUCCGGGCGUCAUGGAGGAGCUCCCUACUGCUUCUCCUAGACCUCAAGUCCCUCCGCAAGGUGGCCCGUCAGAACAGAGUUGCGAGCUCCCGGCCCGGCCCCCGCAAUACACUAUCCCGGGGAUCCUUCACUACAUUCAGCAUGAGUGGGCGCGAUUUGAGAUGGAGAGAGCACAUUGGGAGGUGGAAAGGGCCGAGCUUCAGGCUCGGAUAGCCUUCUUGCAGGGUGAAAGGAAAGGUCAAGAAAAUUUGAAGAAGGAUUUAGUAAGAAGGAUAAAAAUGUUAGAGUAUGCAUUAAAACAAGAGAGGGCAAAGUACCAUAAAUUGAAAUAUGGAACUGAGCUUAAUCAAGGAGACCUUAAGAUGCCCACGUUUGAGCCAGAAGAAACCAAAGAAUCAGAUCUUCCUCCAGGGUCUCAAAAUAGUCAGCUGACAUGGAAACAAGGCCGGCAGCUGUUAAGGCAAUACCUUCAGGAAGUUGGUUAUACUGACACAAUAUUAGACGUUCGAUCCCAGAGGGUACGCUCUUUGCUUGGCCUCUCAAACUCUGAACCAAAUGGCUCAGUGGAAACUAAGAACUUAGAACAGAUUCUAAACGGUGGAGAAUCUCCCUCACUGAAACUAAAGGGACAGGAAAACAAAAGGAAUGUGGGUGGCAUACAUGAAACGUUUAACUUUUUUGAAAGUGCUGAUGACAGCGAUGAAGAAGAUGAAGGUGACCUGAUAGAAGAUGUCUCCGAUGCGAAUGACAAGCAGAGGAUAAACAAGAAACAUAAAAUUGGUAAUGAAGGAUUAGCUGCUGAUCUGGCGGAUGAUACAGAGGAAGCAAUGAAAGAGUUUGAUUUCUUGGUGACUGCAGAAGAUGGAGAGGGUGCAGGCGAAGCCAGGAGUUCAGGAGAUGGGACUGAGUGGGAUAAGGAUGUCCUGUCCCCAACUGCAGAGGUUUGGGAUGUAGACCAGGGUCUGAUAAAUAAACUGAAGGAGCAGUACACGAAGGAGCGCAAAGGAAAAAAAGGGGCCAUGAGAGUCAACAGGACAAAACUCCAUGACAUGAUUGCAGACCUUGGUGAUGAGGAGCUAUCUCAAAUCCCCGCUGGCAUGCUGAAUCCACCUCACUCGCCCUCUAGAAUAACCGAUCAUGAAGGAGGAAGAGCAGAAGAAGCUGAGCCUAUCACUUUCACACCUGGUAGUGGAAAAUCCUUCAUAAUGGGACCAGAGGAUGGCUUGGAGAGUGUCCUAGGACUAGGGGAACUAGCAGACCUCACAGUAACUAACGACGCAGACUAUAGUUACGAUCUUCCGUCCAACAAGGAUGCAUUCCGGAAAACAUGGAACCCGAAGUAUACCCUCCGCAGCCACUUUGAUGGAGUGCGAGCCUUGGCAUUCCACCCUGUAGAGCCUGUUUUGGUGACUGCGUCUGAGGAUCACACAUUGAAAUUAUGGAAUCUGCAGAAAACAGUCCCUGCCAAAAAGAGUGCUUCAUUAGAUGUGGAACCCAUCUACACAUUUAGAGCCCAUAUUGGUCCAGUUCUGUCUCUGGUUGUUAGCAGUACUGGAGAGCACUGCUACAGUGGAGGCCUAGAUGCAACACUUCAGUGGUGGAAAAUGCCAAGCCCUAAUGUGGAUCCUUAUGAUACAUAUGAACCUUCUGUCUUAGCUGGCACAUUACUUGGACAUACAGAUGCUGUAUGGGAUCUUUCUCAUAGUGGCAUUAAAGACCGCUUAAUAUCCUGCUCAGCUGACGGCACUGUCCGGUUAUGGAGUCCGCCAGAAAGCUCCUCCUGUAUUGGCACUUAUAAUGGAAACAGAGAACAUGGCAUUCCCACAUCUGUGGAUUUUAUUGGCUGUGAUCCUGCACAUGCAGUCGCCUCUUUUACUAGUGGCUGCAUUGUCCUUUAUGACCUGGAGACCUCACAGUCCCUGCUACAGUUGUCUGCACCUUCCAUGUCUGUUCCCCCUUUUACCAGCCAUAUUAACAAGUUAGUGAGCCACCCCACUCUCCCUGUUACUAUUGCUGCUUAUGAGGAUCGUCACAUCAAGUUUUUCGACAACAAGUCUGGAAAGACCAUCCACUCUAUGGUGGCACAUCUUGACGCAGUGACCAGUCUGGCUGUGGAUCCUAAUGGAAUCUACUUGAUGUCUGGAAGCCAUGACUGCUCUAUCCGGCUUUGGAAUCUGGACAGCAAGACUUGUGUGCAAGAGAUCACCGCACAUCGCAAAAAGUUGGAUGAAUCUAUUUAUGAUGUUGCCUUUCAUCCAUCCAAAGCAUUUAUUGCUAGUGCUGGAGCAGAUGCCCUGGCCAAGGUCUUUGUGUGACCACCUCCGAACCCCGAAAAACAAAGCCACAAGUGCGUUUGGGACAAAAAAAAUUGACACGUGGUAUUUAUUACAGAAAUCUAAUACACUGCCAAGAGGAGCUAGCACCUACUGACACUACAUGGCAAAGAUCGCUCUGCAGGACAGGGAGAUACUGGUUACAUAUUAGCAGGCGCUUCCCUACCCAACUCAUUUUAAUAUCAGGAUGGUUUUCUUGACUCAGAAUUACUGUAAUUAAUUUAUUCCUUUUCCCUUCACAGUAACCAGUAUUCACAGCCCUCUAUGCAGGGUCUGUCUGUCCUAUAUAUAAAUAUAUAAAUAUAAAUAUAUUUUUCUUUUUCUUUCUUUUUUUUUUUUUUUUUUUAAUUCCUUUUUAGCAGUCUUUAGAUUUUAUUUUUUUUGGCAUAUUUUUUAUUUAAGACCCCAGGUGUGCAAUAUUUCUGUUUCAAGAGAGGGACUAACCUGGGAAGACUGUAUACCUCCCCCUCCCUUCCUAGAACAUAAACUUAUGUACAUUAACAAACUCUCAUUUUGGCUGGAACAGCCUCACCUGUUAAUAUGUGAUUCACAAUGGAAUAUGAAUGGUGUGUGUGUACAAGUAUAAAUAUAUAAUAUAUAUAUAUAUAUAUUCAUAUUCACACACAAUGUCAUCGCUGUUAGGAACAUCUGCAAUGGACAGCAAAGAAAGCAAGAUGUCUGGCAUUGUAGGGAAUAAUCCAAUAAAGGGUGUCAAGCAGCUAAUGCCCUCAUAUGAACCUCAUUUUGCAAUAUCUUUAUAGCAGAUCCUUACGGUUAUUCAUCCGUCCUUACUUUGCAUGAAUGCAAACAUGACGGUGUAUUCACCCCCUCGGUGCCUGGCUGCCAAUGAAGGGAUUAUUUUUUUAUUUUAUUUUUUAUUUAUUUUUUUAACCCAUCUAUUUCAUGACAAAAGGUUGCUUUGUUUUCUGGCGAUGGAAGCUAGUGUGUAUCUAUAUAUUUUUAGCAUUAGUCUUGCAUAUACACAAGUUUGGGUCUAACCGUAGUUUUUAAGCUUUUUUUUUUUUUAUAUAUAUAUAUUUAAACUGUUUCAGAAUUGCAGUGUUUUUAUCAGCCAUAUUAAAAAGCAAAAGGUGAAAUAAUUUUGUGGAUUUUUUAUACUGCCAUCCCCUAUCCCCCUAUACAAUGGGCAAAUUAUUUUUGAAACUUUUUUUUUUUCCACACCACCUUUAAAUUCUUCCUCUCUCCAUGUCGACUCCAGAUUAGUUUUGGAGUUGAAUGGGAUUAAUAUAUUUUUGGUGGAGACUAUCAACUAGUUUCCCUUUUUUACUAGUUGUGUGUAACAGGGAGGGUCUGAAAAUUCAGGAUAACUGACUAUGGCUUCUCUCCAUCACAUUUUUAACAAUCAAAGCAUUCUAUCACUGUGUGAUAUUUUGUAUGUUUACUUUAUUUGAGAGUUAAUUUAUCUGAAGGUUGCCCAGCUUUGUUACAAUGGUUUAUUAUUAUUUAUUUCAGCGUUUUAUGUAUGUUCGUGUAAGUGGGAAGAAAAAAAAAAAUACUGUUUCCCAUGUGGCGCAGGUAAACAACUCUGACUAGAGGUAAAAGGACAAUCCUUUACAGGAACAUGUUAAAUAGGAUAUCCAAAAUCAGCAUUUAAGUGACAUUUAGAAGAUGGCUGGUGCAGCUUUAAGCAGUGCCCAACGGCAAAAUGAGAUUGAAAUAUAUCCAGAUCGUCUUGCAACUUCAGCCUUUCUUUGCUGUUUGAAUUAGACUUACUGAUUUCUUUUUUUCUCGUUCUGUCAUUAUUUAGUUUGAUUUUGUGAAAGGAUUUUACUUUGUGUUAUGCAUGACUAAGACAAUAUCACAUUUUUUUUCUAGUCUUCCACAAGAGAGAGAAAAAAGAUUUCUGAUCAGUUUGCAAAUUUUGUAAUGUUUUUUGUUUUACAGACUGCGAAUCAGCACAUUUUUAAGAUUGUACCGCAAAAAAGCAAAAGUACAGUUGUUGAAAAAUGUAUAUAAAAUGCAUAUAAUAAAUAUUAAAUGGUGAACCUGUA